ACGGUGUUGACUUUAUCGCCAGAGCGCAUGAAGCGCGCCAGAGACACGCUGAGCUCAUCCUCUCACACCCGGUGACAGACAAAGACAUGCAGUGGUGACCCACUGCCUCACUGUUGACUUUAUUAUAUUAGCUUAAAGGAAAAAGAACAGAAAGACAGUACAGAGCGAGCAGACCCGGUGCUUUUUUUCUCUCCACAAUGACGGCUAAAACUUUGGAGAAAGUGCCGAUGAAUCUCGGGGGGUUCUUGCAUCCUGAGAGCGUGUACUCGGUGGAUGACAUCAGCUCCAGUUUGGCGACCUCCGUGGCUAUCUUCCCCAACAGCGACUUAGGAGCUCAUUACGACCAGAUCAAUGUCUCAGAUGGCUUGAUGAGCGCAGACAUGAGCGUCGAGAAGCGCUCUCUGGACCUCUCCCCCUACUCCAGCGGCUUCUCUCAGCCCGCAUCCCACCGCAACCAGACCUUCACAUACAUGGGGAAGUUCUCCAUCGACUCCCAGUAUCCAGGUAACUGGAACCCCGAGGGAGUGAUCAACAUCGUCUCGGGCAUCUUCAACGUGGCCCAACCGCCGCCUCCUCCUCCUCCCUCCUCUUCGGCGUCCUCCUCCCCGGCUUCCUCGGGAUCUCCCAAUCACUUUCACUCCAGCGGAAAUUUGAGUUGCACCAUGGCGGCUCAGAACCAGGCAGAGAUGGACCACCACCAUCACAUGUACUCCCCUCCGCCUCCUUACUCCUCUUCCGGCUGCGGGGAGAUGUACCAGGACCCCUCUGCGUUUUUGUCCACCUCUACCUGCUCCAUCGCCUCUUACCCACCACCCUCCUACUCUUCGCCCAAGCAACCCGCAGAGGCGCCGGGGCUCUUCCCCAUCAUCCCCGACUACUCGGGCUUCUUCCAGCCUGCUUGCCAGAGGGACAUGCACACGGCGAGUAUCCAAGAUCGGAAACCGUUCGGUCCAUGUCCGCUCGAUCCGUUCCGCGUCCCUCCACCCCUGACCCCGCUGAACACUAUCAGGAACUUUACGCUGGGUCCGGGCGGUGGUGGCUCCGAGGGGGGUCCGCCGAGGCUCCCCUCUGCCUACAGCCCUCAGAACCUGCCCCUAAGGCCGAUCCUGCGGCCCAGAAAGUACCCGAACAGACCCAGCAAGACGCCCAUCCACGAGCGGCCGUACCCCUGUCCGGCAGACGGCUGCGACCGGCGGUUCUCCCGCUCCGACGAACUGACCAGACACAUCCGCAUCCACACUGGACACAAGCCGUUCCAGUGCCGCAUCUGCAUGCGCAACUUCAGUCGCAGCGACCACCUCACCACGCACAUCCGCACGCACACGGGAGAAAAGCCGUUCGCGUGCGACUUCUGCGGCCGCAAAUUCGCCCGCAGCGACGAGAGGAAGAGACACACUAAAAUCCACCUGAGGCAGAAGGAGAGGAAGUCCUCCACCGUCUCCUCCUCGUCCUCCUCGUCCAGCAGCUCCGGGGUGGAGCGGCCGUCGGGCGCCAUCAGCGCAGCUAGCGGGAUUUGUUCAUAGUUUCCCUGGAAAACGUUGUUGUCACCAUGGCAGCGUGACGCACACUAACCUCUUAAAAGAAAAAUAACUAUUAAAUAAUUAUUCUGAAACGGUUGUGAGAUAGACUAAAUACCAGGAUGGGAUUGAGCAAGAACUUCUGUGCGGUCGUGCGCAAUUACGCACAUCCACCCGUUCCUGAUCCAGAACCGACAGAGAGACUGACACGAAUGCACUUUGCCUGUACAGUCUACUGAAAACAAAAGUAAACACAGCCAUUACUUCAUAGGAAUAUACAAGGGCGGUUGUAAUAUAAAGUGGGUUGCUUAAAUAUCGCCAAACACAUAUUGAGCGCGCAACAGGCUGCGAGUUUAAAUGUGUAAUAACUGCAAUAACGCUUUGAAGCAAGAGAACUGUUCUAAGUUAUUGAAUUGACGAAGUGUUUAUUCUAACAUGCUUGUUGAUGACUAUAUGUUCCCUUUAGUGCCUUGCUGUGUGUCUUUUUUGUACACUGACAUGGUUCAAGGACGCUUCUAAUGCAAUGUAUAUUUGUCCUUUAAUAUGUAAAGUUGGAAAUCAUUCUAUUUUUGUACGCAUUUCCUCUCGUGUAAUUUCAAGUCAGUUGUGGUUCACGUGUAAUACAAUGUUGGAGUGUUAAUCGUGUUGAACUCAUACACU